CUCACCAUCCAAACCGACACGCCCACCGCUCACCAGACACCACUACCACACUGACACAAAAUGGCGCUACAGAUGACCGUACACUUCCCGGUGAGCUCACCCUUCCCUUCACCUGCGAAAGCCGGUCACCCACGAACGUUCGCACGAUUCAAACUGCCACCAGUCAGUCAUCCCAAACUCAGACCACUAAGAAACCGAUCCCUCACCAUCACCAACGCCGCCGACGAAACCGGAGAAAACCCCGAAACCGAAACCGUGAGCGCCCAGCAAAGCCCAACGGAAUCGGAGAGUCGAGUCGGCGAGUUGGGAUCGGAGAUCAGGGAGGCCAUGCGGCAGAGGAAGGAGGAGGAGGGGAGAGAUGGAGGGUUCUGGAGCGGAGUGGCGGAGGAGAUUCGCGAGAUCGAGUGGCCCCCUUUCGGCAAGGUCUUGGGCACCACCGGUGUGGUGCUCGGGGUCAUUGCAGGGUCGAGUGUGGUUUUGCUCACCGUGAAUGCCGUCUUGGCUGAGCUCUCCGACCGGGUUUUCGCCGGCAGAGGGGUCCAGGAUUUCUUCGGCUGAGACUGAGAGAGAGAGAGGGUAUAAAGAUAAUGUGGGGCUUGCGAUGGUUGCUCACUCGCGAGGCCCACAUUUUGUUUCGUGCAUGGAUGUGAGAAUGCGAGCUCUAUGCUCAGAUUUUGGACAUGACUUAUGUAAAUCUGGCAAUAUUUUUUUAUGCACAUUCCAGAUUUAGAAUUUA